AUGUGGACUGAGCAAGCAAGUGGAUCGGGGACACGCAGGAGACGGGUGAGAUUUCCAGAAGAGGGGCUGCCCACCGCACAGGAUGGAUGGUGGCAAAAGACCUUGCGGGCGCUAAAGACCCUUCUGCUCUUCAGUAUAAUCCUUGGUUUUUCUCUGCUGCUUUGGGGCUACGUGUUCCAGGGCUGUGGUCCUUCCCCUUGCAAGACAUCUGUGUGUCAGGACCUCCUGGCUCUCUACCUGGCCUCUGGGAACACCAGUGUGGCCCCCUGCACUGAUUUCUUUAGCUUUGCCUGUGGAAACGCCAACAGGACUGGCAGUCCUUUUCAGGCUCUUGAGGAGGAGAACAAGCGCCGAGUUCGAAGAAUCCUGGAAACUCCAGGUUCCUGGCGCCUGGCCCCUGGGGAGGAGAAAGCCUUCGGAUUCUACAACUCCUGCAUGAACACGGGUGCCAUUGAGGCAGCAGGGGCCGGUCCCCUCAGACAGGUUAUUGAGGAGCUUGGCGGCUGGCCGACCCCUGGUAACUGGACUCCGUCAGAUUUUAACCAAACUCUGAGCCUUCUGAUGAGUCAAUAUGGUCACUUCCCAUUCUUCAGAGCCUAUUUGCAACCUCUUCCCACCCCUCCAUACCUGCCAGUCAUCCAGAUAGACCAGCCAGAGUUUGACGUUCUCCUCAAGCAAAAGCAGGAACCGAAUUAUGCCCAGAUCCUGCGGGAAUACCUGAAUUACCUGGAUCGCCUGGUAACCUUGCUGGGAGGAGAACGAAGCCAAGCGCAAAGUCAUGCCUCCUUUUCCCUCGCCAUUAACUCACAGCUGAACCAGAUGCUGGGGUCUGGGGAGCAGCAGCGUGCCCAGGACAAGGUCUUCGAGAUGGUCACAAUUGACCAGCUGCAGAGAAUGGCCCCUACCAUUGACUGGUUGUCCUGUUUGCAAGCGACAUUCGCACCGAUGGCCCUGAGCCCCUCUGACCACGUUGCAGUCCAUGACCUGGAGUAUUUGAAAAACAUGUCGCAACUGCUUGCGGUGAAGCUGUCAGAGCACAGGGACAUGCUGCAAAGCCACAUGAUCUUCGGGCUGGUGAAGACACUUUCUCCAGCCCUGGACAGUCAAUUCCAAGAGGCACACAGAUCGCUGAGCCAGAAAUUGGGGGAACUGACAGGACACCCACCCAUGCCGGCCCACCCUCGCUGGAUGAUGUGCAUGGAGAAGACAGAAGCCUUCUUCGAGCCCACACUGGCCACAUUGUUCAUCCGGGAGACUUUCAGACCCAGCACCCAAAGUGCUGCCAUGGAAUUAUUCACUGCCAUCAAGGAUACCUUCAUCAGUCACCUUCAUACGGUUCCCUGGAUGGAUGGAGAGACCCGGGCAAAGGCCCAGGACAAGCUUACCCAACUGCAGGUGAAGAUGGGGCCCUCGGAAUGGGCCCUGAAGCCAGACCCGGCCAGACAGGAAUACGACGACAUACAACUUGGAUCCAGCUUCCUCCAGACCUUCCUGAGUUGCUUCCGCUCCCGCCAAGCCAGAGUCAUCCAGGAGUUCUUGCAGCCUGUCUCCAAUCACAGGUGGCAGGUGCCCCCCUGGGGCCUCAAGGCUUACUAUUCGAUACCUGACCACGUGAUGGUCUUCCCCGCUGGACUCCUCCAACCCCCGCUUUUCCACCCUGGCUACCCGAGAGCCGUGAACUUUGGUGCCACUGGCAGUAUUAUGGCCCGUGAGCUGUUGCACAUCUUUGACCGGCUCUUACUCCCUGGGGGCUGCCCGGCCUGUGACACCCAUGCCCUGCAGAAAGCGCUGCUGUGCCUGGAACGCCUCUACACUGCCUUACCGUCACCCAAGGGAACCUCCUUCGAUGUCUCCCGCACGCUCCUGGAGGAUGCUGCAGACGCCGGGGCACUGGCCAUUGCGCUGAAGGCAUACAAAAAGAGGCUAGUACUGUUCCGUGGGGAAACCAUCCUGCCCAGCCUAGACCUCAGCCCCCGGCAGCUCUUCUUCCGAAGCUAUGCCCAGGUGAUGUGUAGGGACCCCAGCACCCAGGAUCCUCAGGACAUUCACAGCCCUCCUACCCUUCGCAUCCAUGGGCCCCUAAGCAACAGUCCAGCCUUCGCCAGACACUUCCGCUGCACCCAGGGGACCCUCCUGAGCCCCUCCGGCCGCUGCCAGCUCUGGUAA